AUGACUGACAUCUUAGCUACUCCUUUGUCCAUUGUUUCGAAAGAUGAGGAUUAUAUUAGAUGGAAAGAAUCAAAAGAUGGUAAAUUUAUUAUCAAAACUUCUUAUUCUCUUCUUCUUAAGUCAGAAUGUGCUGAUAUUUAUCAAUCUAGUACUGUUUCUUGGAAAUUAAUGUGGAAAAUUCGUGCUCCUUUUAAGUAUAGAAUGUUAAUGUGGAAUUGUGUGCAUGAAAUAUUGCCAGUUGCUGCAUCUUUAUCUCAGUACAUUGAUACUAUUUAUGCCCAAUGCUCAAGAUGUUCUUCUGCCCCAGAAACUCAUUUACAUUUAUUUCGGGAUUGUUGGGAAUCAAGUAUAUUAUGGAGUUAUAUUUUCAAGCGUGUUAAGAAUGCUAAAGAGGUUCACUUAAAUUCCUUCUUCCGUCUGGACUGGACUGGGUGGAUAAAUUAUAACCUUUCUUUAAGCAUGGAUUGGAAAGUAGUUUUUAUAGUGGCAAUUUGGCACAUUUGGAAAGCACGAAAUAGAGAAGUCUUUGAUUUGAAAAUGAUCAAGCCAUUCUCAGUGUAUAAUACAUUCUAUGUAAACUAUAUGGAUACUAACACAAUCAUGCAGGCAAAAGCUGCAGGUAACUGGUUGCAGAAGAGUCCAACCUGGAAGCCACCAGCAGCUUGGUUUAUUGAUGGCAGUUGGAAGGAGAGGGAUGAAGCAUGA